CACAACUGUCCUGACUAUCUUGAUCCUGGCGCUGGGUAGCAUCUGUAUAAUCUCCGGCUGUCGACGCCGCGCAUCUUCAUCGCAUGCGCUGACAGUUAGCGUAUUGCCGUUGACUUAUAGCGCGGCUUAAAAAUGUUUGACUUGAUCACUGCUCACCGGCACCAUGCUCCUUAAAUUACUGGAUCGUGAGCCGCAUUGCUCCCGGAUUUUCCGCCACGGUGCUGCGGAUAUCUUUACAAAAUACGAAACAGCGCGUUCGGUGCGGUUUAAGUCGCCAUGGAUCGCCGUGUGCAAUCGUCUAUUUCAAGGCAGCAUUAUUGCCUAUGUUAUCGUAGUGGUGUUCAUACUAGAGAAAGGCUACCAGAGCACGGAAGAAGGCGAAAGCAGCGUGGUGACCCAUGUGAUGGGCCUACACAUCAAUUCGCGGACCAAUCUCGCGGAUUUAGCCAUCGACGACACGCGAAAUCUGCUUGACCGAUCGCUGGGUAGCGUGUGGGAUUCCGUGGAUACCGUAGUGCCAGCACUGGAAAACAGCGCUCUUUUUAUCACCACCAAGGUAAUGGCCACACCCAAGCAAGUACAGAGUGUCUGCCCUGAGUUAAAAAAUUCCGGAGCCAACUGCAUCAGCCAUGCGGACUGCCUACCCGGGCGGUCGAUCCAUCUGGGCCAUGGAUUCACGACUGGUCAGUGUAACAACGCCACCAAAACGUGCAAUGUGGCAGCAUGGUGUCCGUUGGAGAAUAAAACCCUAAGUACGGCGCUGUUAGUUGGAGGGGAGGAGCUGGUUCUUCUGGUUAAGAAUUACAUCGUCUUCCCGGAUUUUAAUAUAAGAAGGAGAAAUUUUGGUGAUCUGGACGAAAGCUACGUAGCCAACUGUUCAUAUAACAACGCCACGGAUCCGCAUUGUCCGGCUUUUAAUCUGGGUUAUAUUAUCAAACAAGCUGGGGAAAAUUACAGCGAAAUGGCCUCGCAUGGCGCCAUACUAAGCUUCGGCAUUAAAUGGGACUGCGAUCUGGAUUUCCACAUCUACCACUGCAUGCCGACGUAUUCAUUCCGCCGACUUGACGAGAAAGAGGGCGUUAUCGUUCCCGGAUGGAACCACCGGCGGACUGGUUACUGGGAAGAAGACGGCGUCUGGACGCGCUAUCUGUACAAGCACACCGGCAUCCGCAUCGUCUUCAACGUGGACGCCCUGGCACGGAAAUUCAGCCUUGUCCAGACCACCAUCAAUAUCGGUUCGGGUCUGGGCCUACUGGGCGUGGCGACGAUACUGUGCGAUUUCAUGCUGUACCACUGCGUGGGACCGGACGACCGGGCCUUUCACUCGCACGCCACGACUGUUGAUGCCGGCGACGCGGGCGAACCGGAAAAUGAAACAUUGUGGUCGCGGACCAUCCGUGUCGACGUCGACGACAAAAACUCGCUGACCAACCCACCGGACGAUGGGAAAUCGGGGUCCCUGCAUUCGCACGUCGCCGGCAUCGUUGCCGGGGACGAGGAGCCGGCGAUCAGCCGACCGGACGACGGGACAGCAACAGACGUCCUUCGUACGCGUAUCGAUACCGGCGACCAGGAUCCCGCGGUUAUUGACGCACCGGACGACGCACCAUGGACGCGUGCUAUUACUGUCUACGCCGACGACCCGGAACCGGAAAAAGACGAAUCGGAAGACAAGGAACCACCCUCGGACACCACCAAUCCCGACACGAUUGAUCAAGACGACGUGGAACUCCUUCGUGAAACUACGGUGUAGUACCUCGAAGCUCCCUGAUUGGCCAGAAUGUAAUGAACGAAUUUCUGUUCCACAAUAAAAAAGGUUUUGCUCAGUGAGUCGCUCCGCCAAAGUUUUCGACGACGGUUAAAUGAAAAUCUGUGAUACACUGCUUACUGAGAAUAAUUGUUAUGGUUGCGCAUACUAGUACACAAAAUGAU